AUGCCAGCAGACAAUGUCCUCUACUCAAUGCCAGCAGACAAUGUCCUCUACUCACGGCCAGCAGACAAUGUCCUCUACUCGUGGCCAGCAGACAAUGUCCUCUACUCACGGCCAGCAGACAAGGUCCUCUACUCACGGCCAGCAGACAAUGUCCUCUACUCACGGCCAGUAGACAAUGUCCUCUACACACGGCCAGUAGACAAUGUCCUCUACUCCCAGCCAGCAGACAAUGUCCUCUACUCACGGCCAGUAGACAAUGUCCUCUACUCACGGCCAGCAGACAAUGUCCUCUACUCAUGGCCAGCAGACAAUGUCCUCUACUCACGGCCAGCAGACAAUGUCCUCUACUCACGGCCAGCAGACAAUGUCCUCUACUCACGGCCAGUAGACAAUGUCCUCUACUCACGGACAGCAGACAAUGUCCUCUACUCGUGGCCAGCAGACAAUGUCCUCUACUCCCAGCCAGCAGACAAUGUCCUCUACUCACGGCCAGCAGACAAUGUCCUCUACUCACGGCCAGUAGACAAUGUCCUCUACUCACGGACAGCAGACAAUGUCCUCUACUCGUGGCUAGCAGACAAGGUCCUCUACUCACGGCCAACAGACAAUGUCCUCUACUCACGGCCAGCAGACAAUGUCCUCUACUCACGGCCAGCAGACAAUGUCCUCUACUCACGGCCAGUAGACAAUGUCCUCUACUCCCAGCCAGCAGACAAGGUCCUCUCCAAUGGCACAAGUCUCAUCUUCCUAUACACAAAUACAGCUGAACACUAG